UGAGUGAGUGCAUAGCUCCUAUGGGCGGACGCUGAUAUAUUUCCACACAAACCACCGCUGCUCUCUCCCAAAGCAGUGGGACAGAUUUAUGGUGCUGCUUCACUUAUGUGGACUAUAGAACAACUUUUCGUGCCUUGGCCUAAGCGAAAAAAGACACAAGGAUUCAAAGAAAGGCAUGGAAAGUCAAGUAUUUCCAAGAUGACCGAUGGUUUGGUCACCGAAUAAGUUAUUUUUGUCGCACGAGAGGGAAACUCAAAACAAGGCUGUUUUUGGAGUUCCACCUCCCCUCUCUCCGUAGAGUUUGAUUCAAAAGUCGAAAGCCAAGAUGGCCGCCGAUUCCGUGCAGGGUGACGCCAGAGGCCAGCUGGUGUCGGAGCGGCUGGGCCUGGGCCACAAUUUGGACCUGUCGGACACCAUGGUGCAGCAGAAGCUGGACGAGAUCAAGGAGCAGAUCCGCCGCGAGAUUCGCAAGGAGCUGAAAAUCAAGGAGGGCGCGGAGAACUUGCGCAAGGUCACCACAGACAAGAAGAGCCUGGCCUACGUGGACAACAUGCUGAAGAAGUCCAACAAGAAGGUGGAGGAGCUCCACCAGGAGCUCCAGGAGCUCAAUGCCCACAUCGUGGUCAAGGACCCCGAUGAACUGCUAGAGUGCCCUUUGACCCCGGACACCCCGGCCAGCGAGAUAAGGAUGUGCACCAGCAGCAGCCGCCUGGCCGCCCUGAAGAAGCAGAACGACAUUGAGCUAAAGGUCAAGCAGGGGGCGGAGAACAUGAUCCAGAUGUACUCCAAUGGCUCCUCUAAGGACCGGAAAUUGUUAGCGACCGCUCAACAGAUGCUCCAGGACAGCAAAACAAAGAUCGAGUUCAUCAGGAUGCAGAUCCUCAAAGGCAGCCAGGCCAGCGAGUUGAGCUUUGACAACAACGACGUCAUGGCCAAGCCCAUCAUCAGCCCGUUGGACCUACGGGUGGAGGAGCUGUGUCACCACGCCAGGAUAGAGUCAGCCGUGGCCGAGGGUGCCAAGAAUGUCAUGAAGCUCCUGGGCUCUGGCAAGGUCACAGAGAAGAGGGCACACUCAGAGGCCCAGGCCCGCUUCAACGAGUCCAGUCAGAAGCUGGACCUGCUCAAGUACUCCCUGGAGGAGAGGCUGAGCGAGCUGCCCAAAAACCACCCUCGCAGCAGCAGCAUAGUGGAGGAGCUGUCCCUCAUGGCCUCGCCCACCCUCAGCCCGCGCUCCAGCAUCAUCUCCACCCAGAACCAGUACAGUACCGUGGCCAAACCCGCCGCGCUCACAGGCACAUUAGACGUCAGGCUCAUGGGCUGCCAGGACCUGCUUGAGAACGUUCCAGGUCGUUCAAAAGCCGGUUCCGUGCCACUGCCUGGCUGGAGCCCCAGCGAGACCCGCUCCUCCUUCAUGAGCCGGGGGAACCGCAACCGAGGCGCCAGUGCACGGAACCUCUCCAAGAGUGAAGAUCUCUCUUAUGAGAUCAGUGCCGUGCUGAAGCUGGACAACACAGUGGUGGGACAGACCAGCUGGAGACCUGUCAGUAACCAGUCGUGGGAUCAGAAGUUUACACUGGAGCUAGACAGGUCUCGUGAGCUGGAGAUCUCGGUGUACUGGAGAGACUGGCGCUCGCUUUGUGCCGUCAAGUUCCUGCGACUUGAGGACUUCCUGGACAACCAGCGUCACGGCAUGUGUCUCUACCUCGAGCCCCAGGGAACCCUGUUUGCAGAGGUCACAUUUUUCAACCCUGUCAUUGAGAGGCGACCCAAACUGCAGAGACAAAAAAAGAUAUUCUCAAAGCAGCAAGGGAAGACGUUCCUGCGUGCUCCUCAGAUGAACAUCAACAUCGCCACCUGGGGCCGCCUGGUCAGAAGGGCCAUACCUACAGUCAGCACUAACUCCUACAGCCCACAGGUGCCUGAGAUCGGGCCCAGCAGUAUUCCGGAUUCUCCAACACCCACCAGUGACAUUAGUGACCCGUUGGUGACCAAGCUGGACUUUGACAAAGAGCCCACCUCGGGACCCAAGCACUACCCUUUACCCGCGGGCAUCAGAGAACCACUGGCACAGGACAACAAACUGCCCGACAAGGAGGAAGUACAGGAUGCACUGGCAUCGUUUGACUUCCUGAACAAGAGGAACAGCAUAGCGGUGAAGUCGUUGGACCUAGACAGACGAGACAAUGUAGUAGAGCCGGAGAUCCAGCCUCCAGACCUGGAGCUCACAGCCAUACAGAAUGACACAGAGAGGGAAGAAGAACAAUUUCAGUUUAGUCUCAACGACUUCAAAUGUGUUGCAGUCCUUGGUCGUGGUCAUUUCGGAAAGGUAUUGUUAGCUGAGUAUAAAAGCACGGGAGAGAUGUUUGCCAUCAAAGCCCUGAAGAAAGGAGACAUUGUGGCUCGUGACGAGGUGGACAGUCUGAUGUGUGAGAAACGUAUCUUUGAAACGGUGAACAGCGUGCGCCAUCCGUUCCUGGUCAACCUCUUCGCCUGCUUUCAGACGCAGGAGCACGUGUGCUUCGUCAUGGAGUACGCUGCCGGGGGAGACCUGAUGAUGCACAUCCACGCUGACGUCUUCUCCGAGCCCAGGGCCAUAUUUUAUGCAGCUUGUGUCGUAUUGGGAUUACAGUUUUUACAUGAACAUGAGAUUGUGUACAGAGAUCUGAAGCUUGACAAUCUGCUAUUGGACACUGAGGGCUAUGUAAAAAUAGCUGACUUUGGCCUUUGCAAAGAGGGAAUGGGGUUCAGGGACCGCACCAGUACAUUCUGUGGCACGCCAGAGUUCCUGGCCCCCGAGGUGCUGACGGAGACGUCGUACACGCGUGCUGUGGACUGGUGGGGUCUGGGGGUCCUCAUCUUUGAGAUGCUGGUUGGAGAGUCUCCAUUCCCUGGAGAUGAUGAAGAGGAGGUGUUUGACAGCAUCGUCAACGAUGAAGUCCGCUACCCAAGGUUCCUCUCAACGGAGGCUAUCUCCGUCAUGAGAAGGCUUUUGAGGAGGAGUCCAGAAAGACGUCUAGGGGCAGGAGAGCGAGACGCAGAGGAAGUCAAAAAACAUCUGUUCUUCAGAAAUAUGGAUUGGAACGGACUACUGGCCAAGAAGGUGAAGCCUCCAUUUGUCCCGAUCAUCCAGGACUCCAACGACGUCAGCAACUUCGAUGACGAAUUUACCUCAGAAGCGCCCAUCCUGACCCCACCCAGAGAACCUAGGGCGCUCAGCGGGGACGAGCAGGACAUGUUCUCUGACUUUGAUUACAUCGCAGACUGGUGUUAGCCCCCCUCUCCCCUCUUCUCCCUCCUCCAAAUGUGUUGAACAAACACACACUGUGAACCAACCAACACAGCGCUGACUGACUGUAGCUCACCAUUUUUAAAACACCUCUUUUCCAAACCAACGUCGCAAGACGGGAACAAACGGCGCACUGCCAAUUAAAGACCCCCCGCUCCCACAACUGAACCCCCAAGGUUAUUCUUUAACAGAGAGAGAACAACAUUUUUCUUCUCUUUAGAAACUUCAAGGGGAAAAAGAGGAGUGAGGCCUCCAGCGCAUGUCAUGUCUAUUGUCUGACCACUGAGAAUGUUGUCAAGUGAACUCUGUCAAAGGAAAGGCCGGCAAUAUAGCCGUGAUAUCGAAUAACAUGAUUGUUACGUUUUUUUUUUUUUUAAAUCAUGUACAGAAUAGUAUUCCUCUGUAUUUUUAACAAGUCCUUUCUCAAGCCCACUGCCAUAACUAAAUGACAUAUCUCUCUGUAAGGGUUAACACGUGUGCCAUGUUGUAUAUCGGAAUUAUGAGCGCUUUGAGCAUUUUAUCACUGAACCGUCACUUAAGGUUAAAGACAACAAACAUCUUGACUACUACUGCCUCGUCACUUGAAACCCAAGGAAGGUCUCCUUUUUAGUUUAUCCUGGUCUUUCUCUCCCCCGGCUGUUUAAAAAAAAGAUAUAUAUAUAUAUAUGUAAAGAUGCCUUAAAAUCUUCCUGUUUUUCUACCCAAGUUUAGAGCGAUGUCUAAGAAUAGAGCCCUUUCUUUUUAAACGGAUCACCAUGACACGAAAGCAGUGCGUCCUCGUGUUAGUCCUCGUGGUAUUACAGAAACUCUGUCCCUCGUGUACUGUGCCCGUGCCAGUUUUACAUGAGCGUUAACUGUACCAUUUUUAAGGUUUUCUUUAUGUAGCGCUGUAUGGUUGUUGAAAUACACUAUCAUUAUUGCAGUGGAACCGUUCUAGACUACACAGCAUACCACAAAUCAAAGGGGACGGCACCGUUUUAAACGUGAUCAUUUGGAAGGAGCACACACACACACACACUACGGAGACCUAUCCUGACAUGGCUCCUUCUGGUGGAUUCCUAGCACCAAAAAAAGCAGUGGCCGUAUGUAUCAAGGGUCUCGGAGUAAAGUGCCGUUUUAGGAUCAGUUUUGCCUUUAGGAUUCCAAAUCACUUUAUAUGGGACCUGAUCCAGAAUCAGCACUCCUACUCUGAGACCCUUGAUAUGUACAGCCCCCUAGAUCUAAUUCUCGAGGGGUAACAAUGCGUUCCGAUAGCGAUGUUGUACUCUUGAGGGCAGAAUCGAUUCCGCUAGCAUUUCUUACAGAGUUUGUCAGUUCCAUUCCAAUCGAAGCCCAGAGUGAAUGUAAGUAUUUCUGUUGACUUUCCAUUCACUCCCCGAAUUGACCGAGUUGAAUUGGAAUUGAUCCCAACCUGGAUACUGCAAUCAUUCUCUUAACUGAAGGAGAUACAAGAGCAAGGAGAUCUCGCAGCCUGCAAUGAUUGGACAUGGUCAAAUGGUGGAUCUGAAGUGACUGAUACAGUACAGCUGAUUACCAAAACCCAUCCCUCCAGUCCUGACAGUGGGACUAUGGAAAACCGUGAUGGGUGAAGUUGCCUCUUGGUGAAAGUUGGGAUUGGGUAAAGGGGACCUAAUCCUAGGGGAAACUUUACUCUGGAGUGUAAACUAAGCUCAGAGCCAGUUUGUGCAGACAAUAUGUAAAUGAAUCACUACAAGGGAGGGCAGGGUAUAUUUUAUAUAUAUAUGUGUACACACAAUUAAGCUGAACGUACUAAUUUUAUCAAGAUAUUUUUUAAUUAUCUAUGUUUAGCGUAAUUAUGAAAAAAGAUUGUACAGUUUUUUUUUGGGGGGGGGGGCUGUUUGAGCAUGUUACAGACAUACAAACCUUUUUGUAAUGGUACACCACAUUGAAGUUACACAUGACUGUUGAACCUGGUGUAUAGAAGCAUUUUGCAGUCGUCGUUUGUCGCCUUAUCACGAAUGCACAGAUUAAACGCCGUUAGAGUGGUGCUACUUCCUU